AUGGCGUCAGAGAUGCUCUAUAAAGUGGGAGAUGGGGAGGAGGCCAUGCUGAAAAAGGAAACCUUCAACAUUUUGAAUGUGCUUGAUCAAAAUUCGAAGCCCUUUCCAAACCCCAAGUCUAUGAACAGGACGGUCGCUACCAAAGGACUCCCACUUUCCUCAAAAGGCAGUUUGGUAAACUUCUUGGAGGAAGAUACCAUCAAUCUACCGAGGCCAAUGCCAGGGGAUGAUUCUGAAUGCAGCUCAGAUGACACCAGCAUCUCCCCCAUCUCAUCCACCUUGUUGAAUCCCAUCAAACUGGCAGUGACCCAGCCCAACAGCAGCUUCUUUGCAGGGAUGCUGGAAGGCGAGCUGAACAAACUCAGCACCUCCUCGGUGGCCAAGAAUACGGGAAAGGGGGACAUGGCCCUCUGCCCCCACCAAUCUAAGUCCAAAGUCGCUCCUGGGGGCCUGCUUGACCUUGACAACCCUGAGCUGGACACGGACACCUCCUCAACACGCUCAGAGUCCUCCGUGGUCAUGGAUGUACCAGAGGCGCCCUUCAUCUGUGAGCAUACGGUCAGCGAUUCCACGGCUGUGAUUUCCUGGACCUAUGCCUUGGGCAAGCAGCAAGUCAGUUUCUACCAGGUCUUGUUGCAGGAGGCGACCAAGAAAAAUAACGAGCCUCCCAAUGCAAAGACUCGCCCGUGGAUCUUCAACAAGAUCUUGGGCACCACCGUCAAGCUGAUGGAGCUGAAGCCUAACACAAGUUACUGCCUCACCGUCCGUGCUGCCAAUGCAGCCGGGGUGGGGAAGUGGUCCAAGCCCUACAAAUUUGCAACUGUGGCCACUGACCUGAACAGCUUCCCCGAGAACAACCCCAUCCAGAUCACUGUGCAGCGCAAGGAACCCCAGAGGAAAACAGUGACCAUCGGGCUGGAGGAGAUGCGGAGGCUGGAAGAUCUGGAAAACUUAUUUCCCUAUUAGGGGGGAGGGCCCCAGGAAGCCCCUUACUGACCUUCAGCUUUGGCCCAGGGCCCUCAGGAACCAGAACCAUGAAAUGAACCACUUGUACCAUGCCAGGGAACCACUCACCAUCCUGCUAGCCCAGGACCUGGCAGUAGUGGUACCGGAAACUCCACCACUGGGUUGGGGCACCUAGACAGGUGCUCCACUCACCUAGACACCGUAGGCCUGGCCAGGUCAGCCACUGCCCAUAGCUGCUAGGCAACCCCCUCUCCAGGUCCAGGUCCCUCAUUAAAGAACUGCAGGUCACCCAGAACCCCUAGAUUCUGCUUCAUACUGUGGACAGCUGAGCCACCGACAUCCACCUUCUUCGCUUCUUGGCUUCUGCCAGGACCAAGAGUCCAGGUGGG